GGGAACAGUGAGAGACAGAUGAAGGGUCAUCUCUCAGGAAACAUGUCUGACAAGCCUGUGUGUGUGAGUGAUUUUGAGCACAGAGCCAAAAGAAUCUUACCCAAAUCGGUAUUUGAUUAUUAUUUCUCUGGAGCAGAUCAGCAGGAAUCACUUACUGAAAAUAUUGCAGCUUUCAAAAGGUGGCGCUUGCUCCCACGUGUGCUUAAAGAUGUGUCCCAGGUGGACAUGUCUACAACUGUGCUGGGACAAAGUGUGAGCAUGCCUGUGUGUGUAGCACCCACUGCAAUGCAGAGAAUGGCUCAUCCUGAAGGAGAGAUUGCUACUGCCAAGGCUUGUGUGUCUGCUGCCACGGGUAUGAUGCUGAGCUCCUGGGCCACCUCCACCAUAGAGGAAGUAGCAGAAGCAGCCCCAGGCGGCGUGCACUGGAUGCAGCUCUACAUUUACAAAGAUCGAGCGCUGACUCAGUCUUUGGUCAGAAGGGCUGAAGAGGCAGGGUAUAAGGGUAUCUUUGUCACAGUGGACACACCUUAUCUUGGCAAGCGGCGUGAUGACGUGCGCAAUCGCUUCAAGCUGCCCUCUCAUUUGAGGAUGGCCAAUUUUGAAACGCCUGAUUUAGCGUUCUCAUCAAAGGAGGGCUAUGGGGAGGACAGCGGCCUGGCAGUGUAUGUGGCUCAGGCUAUAGAUCCCACAUUGAAGUGGGAGGACAUUGCUUGGCUAAAAAAAAUCACUUCCUUGCCUGUGGUGGUUAAAGGAGUUCUGAGAGCGGACGAUGCCAGAGAAGCUCUGAAACAUGGCGUUGAUGGCAUACUUGUGUCAAACCACGGAGCAAGACAGCUCGACUGUGUCCCAGCCACCAUUGAUGCCUUGCCUGAGAUCGUGGAGGCAGUGGGUGGCAGGGCAGAGGUUUACCUAGAUGGAGGCGUACGGACAGGUACAGAUGUUUUGAAGGCUCUGGCACUGGGGGCAAAGGCUGUUUUUAUAGGAAGACCCAUUCUGUGGGGCCUGGCCUGCGAGGGUGAGAAGGUGUCAGCGAUGUGCUCGAAUUGCUACGAGAGGAACUUCACCUCUCAUUAGCUCUUACAGGAUGUCGAUCUUUGGAGGAAAUUAAUAGGACCAUUUUGAGAAGAUCUGAGCAAAUCUCAAGGAUCUGAUGACCUGCUUGAAGUUGUCGUAAAAAUCUAGGUACAGGUUUAAAUCUUGUGCCCCCGAUGUAUCGUGG